AGCAUGGGCACCCAGGGGAGCCCCGUGAAGAGCUACGACUACCUGCUCAAGUUCCUGCUGGUGGGCGACAGCGACGUGGGCAAGGGCGAGAUCCUCGAGAGCCUCCAGGACGGCGCCUCCGAGUCCCCCUACGCCUACAGCAACGGAAUUGACUACAAGACCACUACUAUCUUGCUGGAUGGCAGGAGGGUCAAGCUGGAGCUCUGGGACACAUCAGGACAAGGAAGAUUUUGUACCAUUUUCAGAUCCUACUCUAGAGGAGCCCAGGGAAUUCUCUUGGUGUAUGAUAUCACUAAUCGCUGGUCCUUUGAUGGGAUAGAUCGGUGGAUAAAGGAAAUAGAUGAGCACGCCCCAGGUGUCCCUCGGAUCCUGGUGGGAAACAGGCUUCACCUCGCCUUCAAGCGGCAGGUACCAACAGAGCAGGCCCGGGCCUAUGCUGAGAAGAACUGCAUGACGUUUUUUGAGGUCAGCCCACUGUGCAAUUUCAAUGUCAUUGAAUCCUUCACGGAGCUGUCUCGCAUCGUGCUCAUGCGACAUGGCAUGGAGAAGAUCUGGAGACCCAACAGAGUGUUCAGCUUGCAGGACCUGUGCUGCCGAGCCAUCGUGUCCUGCACUCCAGUCCACCUCAUUGACAAGCUGCCAUUGCCCGUCACCAUCAAGAGCCACCUGAAAUCCUUCUCCAUGGCAAAUGGCAUGAACGCAGUGAUGAUGCACGGCCGCUCAUAUUCCCUGGCCAGCAGCGGAGGUGGGAGCAGCAGCAAAGGUAACAGCUUGAAGAGGUCCAAAUCAAUUCGCCCUCCCCAGAGUCCCCCACAGAACUGCUCACGCAACAACUGCAAGAUUUCUUAGCAGGAUGGACGCACCGUGAGCUCCUCGACAUAUCCGCACUCACCCACCAAUGUACAGAUGUUUGCACACUUAACCCUUUUCAACUGGAUCCUUUCGGAUGGGCUUUGGUUGCUUUUCCGAUGGCGCGCGCAAGAUUGGGAACGUGCUCGUGUUUGGCUUCAUGUACAAAGUGCGGUGCUGGCUGGGUCUCAUUGGACUGGCAGGGAGGGGAGUCUGCCCAGCGCCCCUCCAAGAAUGCUCUGGGCUUUGCCUCUCCGCCUGGGGUGGAAAAUUCAACAGCUGCUGGGCUGGGCCAGGGGGAAGGAGAAAAAGCUCAUCCAGUCUCGGUAGAGGAAUGGAUUUAAUGGAAGAUUGAGAGGCUUAAGGGAGUAGGCAAAGAGAGUCUAUGCUGCAACUUUAACUCUUGGACUCCUGAACAGAUAGCUGGUGCAAUAGUGCUCGUUGGAUGUAGG